AUGAAUCCUUUUGUUCUUACAGCAGCCAUCAAAGCCCGAUAUAAAAAUGUUUUUCCAGUUCCCCCAGGACCAUCAAUGAAAAAAGCUCCUGAUUUAUUAGAAUAUACUCUUUCAAGAAUUAUGUUAUAUGUUCUUUUUUGUUCAAUAUUUAAUUUGCUUUGUAGAAGUAUAUCUUCUUCAGACACUAUUAUAUUUCUUUCAAAACAAAAGAAGCGCACAAAAGAUAGAAAGGAUUUUCAUUGUCCAAAAUGUAAUCGGAAAACAACAUUACUUCCUCGGUGUAUCUUUCAAAUUGAUCUUACUGACGGUACUGCUACAGUCACAACAUCUAUCUCUGGUGAACUGGGAGAAAAACUACUCUCCAUGACAGCGGAAGACAUAUUUGACAUAACUUGUGCUAAGAGGCAAUCAUUGCAUGUUAAUCAUGUCCAUGAGAUGUUGUCCAACAAACUAUUUCAAAUUCAGCUAAGGAAGUCAUCUUGGGGUAGCUCAAACAAUACACAAGCAACUUACUCCAUUAUUUCCUACAUGGAAAAGCAACAUACUUCUCCAACCGCUAUUGAUAGGAAUUCCAAAAAGAUAAGACCUUUGGAGAUAAGUGAGAUGGAGGUGACAGAGACAACUACUGCAGCUGGUUCUUCAAAUGCAACUCCGAAAUUUGAACCACCCACACCAACAAAAAAACUGUAAAAGGUCAGUCUACAUCUGAUUAUCACAUUUA